UCCUGGAAGGGAGGGCGUGGCUUGGGCACGCCUGGACAAACAAGGAUGAUCACAUGACUCAAGGGGGUUAGACAUGGCAAGACCGGAGGCCCCAGGAGGACACCCCAGGACUGUCCUAAUCACCGGCUGCUCUUCAGGAAUUGGUCUACAACUGGCUGUAAAGUUGGCCCAGGACCCUCAACAGAGAUACCAUGUGAUUGCCACCAUGCGGGACCUGGGGAAAAAGGAGAAACUGGAGACUGCAGCUGGUGAGGCUCUGGGCCGGACACUGACCGUGGCACAGAUGGAUGUCUGCAGUGAGGACUCCGUGUCUGCCUGCCUAAACAGCAUUGAGGGAAGGAAUGUGGAUGUGCUAGUGAGCAAUGCAGGCUUGGGACUUGUAGGGCCCGUGGAGAGCCUCAGUAUGGCAGACAUCAGGAAGGUCUUUGAUACCAACUUCUUUGGGGCAGUCCAGCUGGUCAAGGCGGUGCUGCCCAGCAUGAAGCAGAGACGUAGGGGACACAUCCUGGUGAUCAGCAGUGUCAUGGGACUACAGGGUGUCAUAUUCAAUGAUAUCUACUCAGCCUCAAAGUUUGCAUUGGAGGGGUUCUGUGAGAGUCUGGCUGUGCAGCUUCUACAAUUCAAUAUCUUUGUGUCCUUAGUGGAACCGGGGCCAGUGAACACGGAUUUUGAGUCCAAGUUAAUGGACCAGGUCUCCAAGGCUGAUUUUCCUGGCACUGAUCAUGACACCUUGAACUACUUCCGAAAUGUUUACCUCCCAGCCUCAAAGGAGAUUUUCCAGACUCUAGGCCAGAGCCCUGAGGAUGUGGCCCAGGCCAUCGUCCGGGUGAUUGACUCAACGCAACCGCCCCUUCGCUAUCAGACCAACGCCCGCUACAUGCCCCUGAUUGCCCUGAAAUAUGCUGACCCUUCUGGAGACCUCUCCGUCCGCACCUCCUACCGUCUCCUCUUCCGAGGCCAACACUUUUUCCGGCUCAGCCUCUGUUGCCUCCGCUUCCUCUCUGGGAACUGCCUCCGGCCCAAAGUCUCCCCUAUGUAAGGGGGUCAGAAUGGCGUGAAGAGGAGAGGCUGUGCGUGUGGAAGGCCAUGGACAUUUGAGAAAAUUGCAUGAGUGUUCGGGGACAAAAGUGAGCCACAGUCAGACAUCUCCCUCUCCAUCUUUUCAAGAGGGGAACCUCCCCAUCCCGAGUUCAUUAGUCCCUCCCCGGGGUAGGGGGUUUAUUCCUGGGCUCCAAUCUUGAUAGAAGCCAGGCCCUAACUUCAACCCUCCCCCAACCUACACCCUUUACUACGAAUUUAAUAACAAUUUGUGAGCGAAUCUGUAUUUUCUGGCUUACAUCAGCCUCUCCACACAACUGAAUUCUUGGUAAUCCAUAUAUGUGGAAGACAAAUUAUUUAUAUGAUUUACAGAAACCGUGUCUGCUCAUCUGUUAUACUGAGUCAUCUAGGGCUGCUUUACAACUUUCUGAAGUUGGAAGUCUGGCAGGAGACUUGAGUGGAGGUUCCAGCGGCAGAUCGUCGCCCAUCCAAGUUUAUCUGUGUUUGGAGCAGGUGGAGAAGAUCUCCGCUAUGAAGCAGGAAAAGGCUUCACGUAGGUCACCUCUCAUCCGAACGGUUGUGUGUACGAAGAACAAAUUAUCCAGAUGCCUUUGUGGCCAGAUUUAUUUGGGUGAAGGCAUGUGAAAGCUGCCUUGUUCUUUUGGUGCCAGAAUUGGAAGUCUAACUCUGAGCUCUAAGAUAUGGGAUGUUUCCUCUGCACAGGGACAUCUGCCUUCUGCGGACAUAAGAGUAGAGGGACACACGGAGAGGCCACAAUCUAUUGCGUAUGCCACCAAGAGCUAAGCUUGAGCUCUCAGGACCCCGAAGGAUUGGCGAGCAUGUCAGUGAAUAUGAUUUCCUGCCUGUCUAGUUCUCUGUGCAAGAAGCACCAGAAAGGUCUCCAGGCUCUGAGUCCCUUAGGAAUAGCCCAGGUUUCUUCCGAGGCCAACACUUUUUCCGGCUCAGUCUCUGUUGUCUCUGCUUCCUCUCUGGGAAUCUCUGUGAGAAUCAAAUGAAAUAAUAGGGAAAGUAUUUUACAAACUUUAAAGCAUUUUUUUUCUAAACCCUUACCUUCUGUCUUAGAAUCAAUACUGUGUAAUCCAAGGCAAAAGAGUGGGAAAGACUAGGCAAUGGGGGUUAAGUGACUCGCACAGGGUCACACAGCUAGGAAGUGGCUGAGGUCAAAUUUGAACCCAGGACCUCCCAUCUCUAGACCUGAAUCCCAAUCCACUGACCCACCCUUUAAAGUGUUUUAAAAUGCUAAUUAUUAGCAGCAAUGCAAUGACCCAGGACAAUUCUGAGGGACUUAUGGGAAAGAUGCUAUCCACAUCCUGAGGAAGAACUGUGGGAGUAGAAACACAGAAGAAAAACAACUGCUUGAUCACAAGGGUUGAUGGGGAUAUGAUUGGGGAUGUAGACUCUAAAUGAUCACCCUAAUGCAAUUAUCAAUAAUAUGGAAAUAGGUCUUGAUCAAGGACACAUGUAAAACCCAGUGGUAUUGUUCAUUGACCAUGGGAGGGGGGAGGGAAAGAACAUGAAUCAUGUAACCAUGGAAAAAUAUUUUAAAUUAAUUAAUUAAACAAAAUUUCUCAAAUUAACAAAAUAAAAUAAAAUGCUAGUUAUUAUGACUAUUGUUAUUAUUAUACAUCCUCAACAGCCCCUGGGUCAUAAGUCUCUCUGUCUAGCCCUUUCCUGGCCCUAGAAGAGUCUAUCUCUAUAUCUCAAAAAUAUACUCUAUUUGGCAUCUAAAGCCUUUCAUGACCAGGCCAUUCCUACCUUUCCACCUUUCAUACACUUCAUUCUUCCCCUCUAUGAUUUCAAGAAUACUAAUCUAAUUGUGGCUCAUCCCACAUGACAUUCCAUCUCCUAUGUUC